AUGGUAAGAUUCCCAGUCAAAUUUCACUUAAAAACCUUAGUUUUACCUAAUGUGACAACUGGAUGAGAAGGAGAUCUCAAAGACAUCCAAUAUGAUUUCUAUGGUACAAGUAUUGCAGUCUGUGAUACUGCAGGAAAAGUUCAAAUUAUUGACCAAACACAACCAGAGGAAAAGUUCCAUACUUUCCCCCAUGCUCAUAGUGGAGUAGUAGCAGGUGUUGACUGGGCCCAUCCGGAAUUUGGAUCCAUUGUGGUUUCUGCAGGUGAAGAAGACCAUACAAUCAAAUUUUGGAAAAAUGUAGAGGGAAUCUGGGAAGAGUCCUUCCCAACUGGAUAUUUCGGAAACGAAAUGAGUGUCUAUAAUGAGAACUUCAGUCUACUCCCAGAUGAUCCUAAAUUAGGUAUUUACCUUGAAAAUGAGAACAUCAGUUGACUCAAAUUCGCGCCUAAAGAAUAUGGCUGCUGACUCUUCGUUGGUUGCGAAUCAGGAGCAAUUUACACACUCAAUUUUGUUAAGGGAAGAUAUGACCUUCAAGAGAUACAUAGUUUUGAUGGGAAAAUUCUCACUAUUUCAUUCGGUCCCUCAACUUAUUCCCUAACUGAUAUUGAAGAGUCAGAGAAUGAUCCAGGACUUGCCCCCAUAAGAUUUGCAGUUGCUGUUGAAGGAAAUAGCAGAAUCUUCCAAGUACUAUAUAAAAAGGAUGAGCAAUGGAUCUCAGAAACAAUAGGUCAUCAUGACAACGCUCAAUGCAAUACUGUCUCCUGGGGUUCCAAUAUUGGAUCACAUGCUGAUAUUCUUGCCUCAGGUGGAGAUGACAAGAACAUAUUAGUAUGGAGUAAAGAUAGGAUAGACUCUGAUUGGAUUAUAAGAGCUACCAUCAAUCUUGCAGAAGAGGUUUCCUCAGUAUCUUGGAACCAGAGAGGCCCGACCUCCCUCCAAGCUACUCUAAAAGAUGGCACUACUCUUAUUUUUAAAGAAACAAUGCUUGACAACUCAAAGUAUGAUUUAAUGGCUGAAAUAAAUCCUGAAGGUGAAAUAUUCAAUAGCGAAUAAAGCUCAUU